AUGAUGAACAAUAUUGGAUUUGCACUCAAUUUGAUUACACUUGUUGUUAGUAUAUUAACAUGUUUGAUUUCAUUUAUUAUCUUUAUUAAUAUCAUCUAUUAUCUCUUUCAUAAUCGUAUGAAUCAAGAGGAUAAAGUAACUAUUAUUCAUUGUGCGAAUAUUUAUCCACUUAUUUUCAGCUUUACGGGAAUAUUAGUUACAUUUAGUAUUCAAUCACUAUUAGGAGAUUUGUAUGGAAAAGAAUCAGGUGCAUCAUUAUGGUGUAUUUUCGCGGCAUAUAUAUUUCCUGUUCUUUGCACGACAUUAUAUUGGGCUUUUGUCAAUCAGGCUAUCUUUCGUCUGUGUCGAAUUGUGUAUUCAACCCGUAGGUGGCUUCAAAAUUUUCGAUUGCAUGUUAUUAUACCACCUAUUCAAUUCAUUUUCAUUUGUGCUCUACAAUGUCCAGUCCUUUUCUGGCAUGAUAUUGUUUAUUUGCCACAAGAAUAUUAUUGUUAUAUACCAUACACAAAUAUUCGUGGCAUUCUUUGGAGCAUAUUAAACGCUUAUGGAAAUCCUGUUUUAAUAUUGUUGUUUAUCUAUUUACGCAUUACAAUAUUUCUUCGUCGACAACCUAUUAACCAAACGUUUAUAGUUAAAAAACGACAAGAACGGGAUUUACUUGUGAUACGACGUAUUUUUAUAACUGUCGGUCUACUAUUAACUCUUGGACUACCAUCCCUAGUUCUUUUAAUAAUGCUAUCAAUCACAGGUGAAGAAAGUCUUCUUUUUUUCCGUAUUGAAUGGCUUUCGGUUAGUUUAUCGAUGGUAGGAUUAAGUGUCGCAUUAGUUUUCAUUACCCCACAAUUAAAAAGUAUUAUUUUGAAAAAAUAUCAACGUAAUCAAGUAGUACCUCCGAAUGGUUCAUUAGCAACCGCAGUUCCAAUAGGUAUCUUACAACCACGUUUUAAAUAA